CACACACACACACACACACACACACACAGCACUCCUGCAGACGGACAGAAGGACGAAGCAAGAAGGAAACUGAGGGAAAAGAAGGAAAAGAAAGAAACAGGAAGCAGAAAGGAGCAGGAGACGGAGGUGCUGUGUGCUGUUCUGAACCCCCCGGCUGCAGCUGUGUAACUCAAACCAAACAUCAUCAUCAUCACCUGUCGAAGCAUGGCGCCCAAGAAGAAGGCCCCGCGUCAGAAAAAGGCCGCCGUCGACUCCAUCGCCCAGGUCGCCAUGGAGACCGCCUCAGCAUCACUGAAGGUGGAGCACCGCGGCGACGGCGUGGUGGUGGUGGAGAGCGGCGUGAAGAAGAUCGAGCAGAUGGCGGCGCUGGACAUCGCCCAGCUGAACAGCCUGAACCUGCCGCUGCCGCCGCCCGUCAUCAAGCCCGGGGAGCGAGGCUUCGGCCUGGGCAGCGAGCUGACGAGGCCGCUGCACGGAAACGCCCUGCUGGAGGAGCUGAGCAGGAUGCGCCAGGAGAAGUUCCUAACAGAUCUGGAGCUGGCCUGUAAGACCAAAGCCUUCGACGUUCACAAACUGGUCAUUUCUUCGGUCAGUCAGUAUUUCAGGGAGAUUCUGGCCAAAGAUCCUGGGAUGAAGCGUUUGGAGCUGCCGUCGCUCUCUCCUCUGGGUCUUGCCAAYGUGAUCACCUUCGCCUACCUGGGGCGUGUCCACAUGUCCCUSUACACCAUCGGCUGCACCGUGUCGGCCGCCGCCACGCUGCAGAUCCCUCAGCUCCUCAGGAUGUGCGUGGACUUCCUGCUGGCCGAGCUGAACGUGCAGACCUGCGUGUACGUCUGGAACAUCGCCGCCGCCUACGGCCUGCGGCCCGUGUGCGACGCCGCCCGCCGCUUCGUCCUGGAGAACUUCGUGCAGUUCGCCGAGACGCCGCUGUUCACGCAGCUGACCGUGGAGCAGAUCUCCACCUUCCUGCAGGACGACGCCCUGCUGCUGCCCACGGAGGUCACGGCCUUCCAGCUCGCCAUGAGGUGGUUGGACUUCGACGCCUCCCGUCAGGCCCACGCUGCUGAGCUCCUGUCCCAYGUCCGCUUCGAGACCAUCCCAGCCAGCGAGCUGGUGAGCCAGGUCCAGCCRGUGCCCCGCAUGAUGCAGGACCCCCAGUGUCACCGCCUGCUGGUGGAYGCCAUGAACUACCACCUGCUGCCGUACCAGCAGAACACGCUGCAGUCCCGGCGCACCCAGGUCCGGGCGGGCCAGCAGACCCUGCUCACCAUCGGRGGGCGGCCCUCUCUGACGGAGAGAGCUCUGAGCCGCGAGGUGCUGUGGAGAGACCCCCGUGAGGGCGGAGCCACCUGGAGACACCUCAGCCAGCUGCCAGCCAAGAGCUUCAACCAGUGUGUGGCGGUGAUGGACGGCUUCCUGUACGUGGCCGGAGGAGAGGACCAGAACGAUGCUCGGAACCAGGCCAAGCACGCCGUCAGCACCCUCAUCAGGUAUGACCCCCGCUUCAACACCUGGCUGCACCUGGCCAGCAUGCGUCAGCGUCGGACCCACUUCUCUCUGUGUGCMAGCGGGGGCCGGCUGUUUGCCAUCGGGGGUCGUAACGUGGAGGGUCUCCUGGCGACGGCUGAGAGCUACCUGCCCUCCUCCAACACCUGGCUGAUGCGUGCCCCCAUGGAAGCCCCCCGCUGCUGCCACUCCAGCGCCACCCUGCCCUCCGGAGACCUCCUGGUGACCGGGGGCUACACCAACUGCGCCUACACGCGCUCCGUGGCCCGCUACAGCGUGGARGCCGACUCCUGGACCGAGCAGACCCCCAUGGAGACCCCCCGCGGCUGGCACUGCUCCGCYACCCUGGGUGGGCGGGUCUACGUGGUGGGGGGCAGCCAGCUGGGGCCGGGGUCGGAGCGGGUGGACGUCCUGUCGGUGGAGGUGUUCUCCCCGGAGAGCGGGUCGUGGAGCCGGGCCRCCCCCCUCCCCCUCGGGGUGAGCACGGCCGGCCUGUCCCCCAUGAACGACCGGCUGUUCCUGCUGGGGGGCUGGAACGAGGCAGAGAAACGCUACAAGGCCGCCGUGCAGACCUACGACCCCGCCACGGACAGCUGGUCCAGAGCCGAGGACCUCCCGGAGCCCACGGUGGGGGUCUCCUGCUGCAGCCUGACCCUGCCCCCCCGCCACACAUCGCGCCGCCAGCAGCACCGCAACACGCCGGGCCACGAAGAACCACAGCAGCCCGGUAAGAACCAGAGCAGCGAGGCCCCCCCACUGACCACCAGGGCCUGAGGAGACCCGGGACAAGAAAAACAAGAUUUUUAUCMAAAUAAAAGAUGUGAUAAACGACACGAGGACAGACUAAAAUAUUUACUUUUUCUAAAUUUAAUCAUAUUUUAGUUUUAAAAGAUUUAAAGGUUUUAUUCACACACAUUAAGGGAUCAAAGACGAGCAGCAAAACCUUUUAUCUGACCUGAAAUCAAACUAAAUUAUCUUAUUUUGAUUGUAAAGAUGUAAAUUGAGAAGAUCCAGUCUGUCCUCCAGUCAGGAUCAAAGCUGAUCCGGUCUGCAGGAAGGAAAGAGGCAGCUGAAGGUUUUAAAGCGACUGACAGGAAGUAACGAUGGAUCUGAUGAGAAGAUGAAGGCAGCAGAAAGCUUCAGGUUGUGGAGGAGGGGGCGCAGACACACAGAUGGAGACRAACGAGACGACAAACCAGCCUGUUUGGACUUUUUGUGACAAAAUGUGAGGAAAACUGUUCCAAUUUAAAAACAUAAAUAUGUCCGUGUCCAAUUCAACAGUUUUAAAUAUUUCUGCUAAUGAAACUAAACUAAAACUGUAACAGAGACUCCAGCAGGUGAAAAGAUGAAGCUGAUGUGGCUCAUAUGGUUGAAUAAAUCUGUAUUUGACUCAACUUUAAAUUAGUUUCACUGAAUAAAAACUAUUUGAUCAAAA